AUGACAACCGCGGUCGAGAUAGCUGUUGGAAUCGAGAUGGGACCAUCGCGAACUGCAGCAGUGAAUGGUGGCAGCAAAGGUCCUCACUCGAUUCUAACUGCUACGCUCUACCGCACCGCUUUGAGCGCAGUCGCUUACGCAACUGCACCGAGUGGCGCUAGUUGCGCUCGUGCUGUGAUCCUUGCUGGCUCCAAUCACGUUCCGGGAGUGUACGAAGGAUUUGUUCAAUGA